ACCUGCUCCGUUAUUUCAAUUUCAACCAGUAUUUCACAGUCCGUUUGACAGUAUACACCGCGUGAGUCUAACGAAAAUAAAAUGCCGAAGAGACGAGCAAGUGCAAGUUGCAAAGGUUCCAGAAAUACUGAGGGAAGACCUUGUAGACCGAAAAAAAGGAUACGUCCUUUGAAUGUAUUUGAGAAGGAGCAAGAGACAGCCAGUACUAGUAAAUCAGCGAAAAAAUUACAAAAUCGGAUGGUGGAUGUAGAAAUUGACGCGAAAUUCGGCUAUAGAAUUAUAAAUUUUGUAGCAGUCUUCUCUGCAAUUAGUAACCAUGUGAAGUGCUCAACUUGUGGAGGCAAAGUGGAAUUUUUGGAGUCAAGUAUUCGUGGACUCGGUUUUAAAAUAUUAAUAACGUGUAAUGCGUGUGAACCGCGAGGAGUAUUUUCUAGUCCGCUUAUCGGUGGUAAUGCUUACGAUAUUAACAGACGCAUUGCUUUUGCCAUGAGAUUACUUGGACAAGGAUUAGCGGGAAUAGAAAAGUUUUGUGGUAUAAUGGAUUUACCGAGACCAGUUAUUCAUAAAUCAUACGUAUAUAUACAAAAAAAUAUUUUCUGUGCAGCGAAAGCUGUAUGGGAAAAAAUACGAGAGAAGGCAGGAGAAGAGGAAAAAAUGCUAACAUUGCAAGCGGCAACUUGUAAAAAACUAAAUGGUCUAAGUGUGUCUGGAGACGGAACAUGGAAAAAACUAGGCUCUUCAACAUUGUAUGGCGUCUGUACUGUAAUCGGCCAUUAUUCCAAAAAAGUACUCGAUGUUGUGAUAAAAUCAUCUUACUGUAAGGCUUGCGCUCACUGGGAAAAACAAAAGGACACCGAAGAGUAUGCAGAGUGGAAGAAAACGCACGAUGCUAAAUGUUUUGCCAAUCAUACAGGAUCUGCACGGAAGAUGGAAGUUGAUGCUAUCGUAGAUAUUUUUCAACGAUCUUUGGAGGUUCAUGGAAUAAGAUACUUGUUUUACAUUGGAGAUGGAGAUAGCAAAACUUUCGCUGCAAUCUUGAAAUCGAAACCAUAUGGUGAUGUACUUGUACAGAAAAAGGAAUUGGAAAUACUGGGAGGCUACAAUCAAAAUUGUAAUGAAAGUGUAAACUCUGUCACAUGGAAAAUUGCGUCAAAAAUAUCUUCCGAGAGUGCUGAGGUCGUCGAAAUAGCAGCAUAUAUUGCCUGCAGUACAUUCAACGAAGGAGCAAUGGCAUAUCUGAAUGUUAUGCAGGUAUUGAAUUUGAAAAUUGGCGACAAAGCACAACAGUGGAGCGUGUAUGCUGAUCAACAGUGCGUCAAUGCUGCCGAUCUUCAAGCGCAGGAAAGCACGCGAAAGGCAAGAUCUGCUCGUAGGCUUGAGAGAUUUGCUGCAGAGGACAUUUUAGCCGAUGCAGAAGGGCUGCAAUAUGGUGCAGGAACAGCAGAAUAAUGGCACGCCGUGCAGGAGCUAUUAUGUACACCGUAGUCGAGCGCGCGCGCUGGAGGACUCUGCGAGAUGACUCAUAACUCAUACAUUUCUCAUUAUUUUUCAAUAUAAAAAAUACUGCAAAUGCACCUAAACAUGUACUUCAAUAUCGUAUACACCAUGAACCUGAUUGGCCUACCACUUUGUCACAAAUAAAUUUUGAAAUUUACCCUUAUUUUCGGCCGCCAGAGGGUACUACCCCCUUAAGCAGAUUUUAUUAUAUAUUGCAACUGGCUCGAUAGAACAAAAAGAUUAUUAUACGUUACAAGAUUUAUUAACAGCAGCUGAUAAGUAUGACGUACCAUGUUGACAUGAUGUUUACAAUGCUAUGGAACUUAUACAGCUUGCGUUGUUGUCUAAUGCAAAAUUUUUGAGAACACAUUCGGCAACUUUUAUUAAAUUUUACAUAGAAGAGAUUAAGAAUACUGAUCAAUUUCGAGGUCUACCACAAGAGAAUUUAAUUAAGAUAAUGGAGUUAAUUGAGAAAAGUAACUUACCUGAAGGCAGUACUCAUUAUUCUUUGUUACCGUUUAAGGCAGAUAAGGAACUUACAUUUGCAAAUAUUGAAGUGUAAUAUUGCAUGUAAAAAAAAAUAAGAAUUCUUACAAACCUAUGUUACCUGUAAAUAUUUUAUUUAUUUUUAUCAGUACUAUGUCUUAUAAAAAAUUUCGUUCUGUAGAUUAUUCUGUGUACAUACACAUUAUAGCGUCGGAGUCUUUAGCAACUACCUUUUUCAACGAAGUAUUAAUUUUUCUUAAAUUUAAGCUUGAUUUUUGUUUUUCAAUGUUUAUUUGCGUUUUCGUUAUUGUCAUUAA